UUAAAUACGGGAAACUACGUGCUCAGGCUAAGCAGAGAUGGGCUGGCGUCAGGUUGAAAUUGAAGCGUGUGAUGAAGAUAGCAGUCAUUGCAGAAACCAAGUAAGACGGGCUAUGCAUUUUUCUGCAAUGCUUGCUACCUUCUUCACCCAAUAAAACAACAAAGAAAGGAUAUUUUAUUGUUUAAAUAUAAUGUCUUUGAUGUAUUUAAAUGUCCAAAUAAAGUCAACAGACAGAGAUUUCAUCAUUCCAUCAUGAACCAUGUAUGCCAUUCAGGCCUUGGAAAUGGAUCCAGCACGCAGUGCCCAACAAAUCCUACUUUGUAACUACUGUCAAUCCGAACCCCUUCAAAGUCACUGUGAUCUUUGUCGUGUGGAUCUCUGCAUUACCUGUGUUGGUAAACACCUCGCAGAUUUGUCGAAAACACACAAUGUCGUGCCAUAUGUACAGAAAAUUGUUUCUUCUAAAUAUCCAAAAUGUCUAAACCAUUCCCCUAAACAAUGUGAACUUUACUGUGACAAAUGCGAUGUCCCUGUCUGUUCCAUUUGCAUCUCAAAUGAGCACAACGGACACAAUGUAUCAGAUAUCCUGAAAAAAAUCGAAUCUAAAAGGUCAAGUUUACGAACAGAUUUAGAAGAACUAGAGACCAGAAUUUUCCCCCGAUAUGAAGCCAUUGCCUCCGAUGUCCAGGUUGAGAAAACAGAGGCAGAAACGGAUUAUGAGAAACUGAUGAAAACUGCUGACCAACAAGGAGAACUCUUGCACCAAGAGAUCACCUCGAUGGUCAACCAACGAAAAUGUGACAUUGAAGAUAUCAAAGUAAAACACCUGGCUGUCCUCAAUCAAUACUCAAAAGAAAUCACACAAAGUAUUGAUAAACUACAAAAAACUAUUCUGGACCUUAGAAAUAUACUGCAAUCCAAUGAUAUCUCCCUAGCAUCUGCCUACGUAUCCAGAAAUGCUGAAUUCCGAAGAUUACCUCCCAAAAUCCAAAUUACAUCACCAACUUUGUCCCCUCUGAUGAUCAAUACAGAAACCCUAUAUGAAAUGUUUGGUCCUCUGUCAACAUUAUCCAUUGCAAAGAGGGAGCGUGGCUGCAUAAAGAAAACACCAAAAGCUGUAUCUCCUCCUCCUCUCAAACCACUGCUUGAUGAGCCUCUGAUCAGCGCCACCAUAGACACUGAAUACAGGCCAUCUAGUGUUAGCUGUCUCAGUGAUGAAGAAGUCUGGAUAUGUGGGAAUGGAAAAACCAUGAAACUCAACAACCUCAAGGGUGAACAAUUGAAAACGAUCCAAACCAAGUCUGGAAACACACCACGUGACAUAGCAGUCACACAUGGUGGCGAUCUAGUUUAUACUGACCCCGAAACAAGAUCUGUAAACAUGGUGAAGAAUGAACAGAUAAAAACUUUAAUCAGACUACACAAAUGGGAUCCUCUCUACCUGUGCAGUGCCUCCUCUGACGAUAUCCUGAUUGCUAUGCUCAGUGAUGAUAGAAAACAAUCCAAAGUCGUCCGAUACUCUGGCUCCACCGAGACACAAACCAUUCAGUUUGACGAUCAAGGUAAACCGUUCUAUUCAGCUGGUGAUUAUAAAUACAUCAGUGAAAACAGGAACCUGGAUAUCUGUGUGGCUGACGAUGGAGCUGAAGCGGUAGUGGUGGUCAAUCAGUCAGGAAAAUUUCGAUUUAGAUACACUGGUUAUCCCUCCAUUACCAAGGAAUCAUUUGAUCUACGUGGCAUCGCUACAAACAGCCAGGGUCAGAUCCUGGUUGCAGAUCGACAUACGUUCAAUCACCGUAUCCACAUCAUAGAUCAGGAUGGACAGUUCCUCCGCUACAUCGAAAACUGUGGUUUAGUGCAUCCGUGUGGUUUAUGUGUUGACAUAAGAGAUGACCUCUUUGUGUCUGAGUACUGGAGUGGUAAAGUGAAAAAAAUCCAAUACCUAAAAUCACUGCGUUAAGUAUAGACCUAUUGUCUUUACACUGUAUCUAUUGCAGCCAUAAACACUUUAUUCAAUACAGUAAUCAGCCAUUAACACUGUAUUCAAGACAGCAAUCAACCGUAAACACUGACAAUCAAUCCUUUUGCAUUUACAGAAGUGUAUGUGAUGUACUCUCCGUGACAUAUUGGAAGGUGAUAUGAAAAAAACAACCAAUAUCAACAGUGAAUCAUGACUGUGUAUGUUCUCUGUAAUAUAAUGUCAAUGCAUUUACUAGUAUGUUUAUCUACACUGUACCGUAAAAUUACGUCAAUAAAUUCAUGUUUAUACACAACAA